CUUUCCUUCUCUAUAGCUGUUUUUUUCUUUUCUUUUCUCUUCUCUCUUAAUUAACAGAAUAUUAAGGCCUGAAAAGAAAAGACAAUGGUGGCCUGUGAAACAUGAAGAGGAGGACUGUGUUAUGCAUCUUCAAUGGCAUGUAAUUGUGCUUACAAUACCUUUUCAUUUUCACCAAACAGAGAAUUCUUCACCAACAACAUCAUCAUGUCAAAGCCAUCAACUAGAUGCAGACCCUUUCUCUUGUCCUCCAUGAACAAUGCCACACCAUCCUACAACACCCUUGUUUCUGAGGCUGUUAGGCUCUUGGGUCCUCCAGCAAGAUUUGAAGCUUCAAAACUGAAGGUUGUUCGAUUGGAAGAUCAGAUAAACAAAUAUGCAAGUAUUAUUCCGAGAACCUACAUUCUAUCCCACUGUGACUUAACAGCUAAUCUGACGUUAGCUGUGUCUAAUGUGAUCAACCUAGAGCAGUUGAGAGGGUGGUAUGAGAAGGAUGAUGUUGUAGCUGAAUGGAAGAAAGUGAAAAAUGAAAUGUGCCUGCAUGUUCAUUGCUUUGUCAGUGGUCCCAACCCCUUCCUGGAUCUGGCUGCUGAAUUUAGAUAUCACAUAUUCUCGAAGGAAAUGCCUUUGGUACUCAAAGCAAUACAAUGUGGAGAUUCUGUACUUUUCGAUGAGCAUCCAGAAUUGCUGUAUUCUAUAGUUCGAGUUUAUUUUCAUUCUAGCUCAAAAAAAUAUAACAGAAUGGAAUGUUGGGGAGCUCUCAAGGAUGCCAUGGAGGGAAAACAAGCGGAUCAGUUCCAAGGGUUGAUAAGCAGAGAUUGUCCUCCUCAAAAGUGGCGGAGUCCCAAAUCCAUCUUCCAUGCUCUUUUUGCUUUUCUUCUUUGAAAUAUUUCUAUAACUUGGAUUAUUUGUUUAUAUCCCAAUUCCUCCCACAGCUCAGAAUUUCAGGUGCUUUAGACAAAAGCAAAAAACUCAACUUGCAAGAAUGAGCUAUUCCCACAAAAAAAAAAAUACAAAUCUUUAGGAACACCCAAAAGGAAAAUGUAAAGUAGCACAAAGGCAAUUUGCUUAUUAUGAUUUCUGUGACCACUUCUAGUGUGUCAA